AUGGCUACCAGAUCAAUUUCACUCUCAAACUUCAACAAAUCAACCCUUCUCAUACAAAAUUCUUUUGAAAAGAUUCUCAAAUCUGUACAAGAGCUUGAAACACUUUCCCCCUCAAUCUUGUCAGUGAUACAAAUCAGAACUUUAAACAACUUCUCGAACCAGUUAGAAAAGAAACAUGAAGCCUAUGAAAAUUACCUGGAAAGAGCCUUGGAACAUAUAUCAGAAGAAUUAGAUUUGGAUGCAGUAAGUGACACUGAAGACAAACUGCGACUGCUAUUCGUCGAAGCCAAGUCUCGGAUUGAAGCCCUUCUCCAACAGCAGCCGCAAGAUGUUCCAGAAGAAAGUAAAGAUUCAACAAGAAUUAGUGACAUCUCAGCUUCAUCAUCUGCUCACGUAAGACUCCCAAAACUAGACCUCAUCACGUUUGAUGGUUCUCCUCUACAGUGGGUAAGUUUCAUCAACUUAUUUGACACUAGCAUCCAUCUGAAUGAAAGCAUUUCAAACGUCACUAAAUUUCAAUAUCUUCUCAGCGUGCUCAAAAAUGAACCACUAAAUCUCGUAAAAGCUUUCAGUAUCACUUCAGCCAAUUACUCAAUUGCCUAUCAGCUCCUCAGAGACAGAUACCACAACACCCGAAGGUUAACUACACUUCACCUCAACAAACUGAUCGACCUACCGGACAUUUCCUCUACCUCAAACAAAUGUCUCAGAACGUUCCUCAACUUGUUUUAUGAACACACAGAAGCACUUAAAGCUCUUGACUGUGACAUUACUUCUAACUCUAACCCUCUGUUGUCCACCAUACUCUUACGAAAACUAGACAAUGACCUUCUAAAACAACUAGAGGCUUUUAGAAUUAAUAUAAAAUGCGAAACACAUUCUCUACCAGAAGUAGUCGAAAUAGUCAAAUUUCUUAAUCAAGAGUGUAACCAAAUGGAAGACGCUGUGUUACAUACCAAGUUUGCUCAAAGUACGAACAACCACAAUUCAAAUUUUAAACCCAAAUCUUUCACAUCCAAGCCCUCUUUCAUUCAAGCUCAGAAAGUUACAAUGGUCUCUACUCCAACUCCAUCAAAUCAAGACAACUCAAAAAAUCCUUUCUCAUUUCCCUGCUUUGUCUGCUCAUCAACUGGCCACAAGGUUUAUGCUUGUCCUAGCUUUCUCUCUCUUUCUUCAAAUGAACGUUUUAAAACCGUAAAGGACAACAACAGAUGUGUCUCUUGCCUCGGAAAACAUGAUGUUAAAACAUGUAAGUCUAAAGCAUCUUGCUUCAAAUGCCACAAACGUCAUCACACCUUACUUCAUUUUGAACAUGACAAGACAUCUCAAGGUUCUACAUCAUCACAACCAUCAACCACUCAUGUUUCGAAUGAAAAACCUACCGUAUCUCUUUGCUCACAGGAAGCCAGUCCUGCUAAUCAAAUCCCUAAAACUGUAAUUUUAGGCACAACACUGGUUAAAGUUACUGCUCAAAAUAACGUUUCUCAUGUGUUCAGAGCAUUGAUUGAUAGUGGCAGCAUGUGUGAUUUUAUUAGUGAAAAAGCUGCUCAACUACUGAAUGCACCUCGUUUCAAAUCCAACUUACAAGUAGUUGGUCUUUCUCAAUCUCCAACUCUCACAAAGGGUAUUGUGAACCUCACUGUUAACACACUGGCAGGAAAAUUAGUUGCAUCCAACCAUGAAGUGCACAUACUUGAUAAAAUAUCUGUCAAUCUCCCUAGAUCUCAAAUAUCACAAAGAGUUCUAUUGAAAGUAAAACCUUACCCCCUUGCUGAUCCCAGCUUCCACUUAUCAGGGCCCAUUGACAUGCUGAUCGGAGCUUCUCUCUUCCCUCUUCUUUUAACGAAUGAAAACUAUUCUCUCGGCCCUAACAUGCCUAACAUGAUGGGAACUCACUUUGGCUUUGUUGUUAUGGGGAAUGCACCUUGUUCAACCGAUUCCCAGCCUGCCAACACUCCAUCCAUCUCUCUGCUCUCAACGGUUGACAACGAAUUGCAUAACUCUCUACAGAAAUUUUGGAAAUUAGAGGAAUUAUCUGUACCCUCAAAGAUAUCGGUUGAAGAGCAACAGUGUGAAGAUCUGUUUAAAGCUACCCACUCUAGGGACGAAAAUGGCCGUUACUUAGUUCAGCUACCAUUUAAAGAAAAUCAUCCACCUUUAGGAUCUUCCAAACUCAUCGCAGAACGACGUUUUCACUCACUUGAACGACGUUUUACACUCUCUCCUGAUUUGUAUAAAGCUUACUCUGACAAUAUAAAUGAACACAUCUCUCAAGGUCAUAUGACUUACGUAGACGACAUUGUAACUGGAGCAGACACGGUAGAUGAAGCAAAGAACCUUCAAAAUCAACUCAUUCAACUACUCAACCGUGGACACUUUGAACUUCGAAAAUGGACUUCAAAUUCUCCCGAGCUUCUUCAGUCUCUUCCAGACACUCAUAAAGACUCUCCAGUCUUUCUUGAAAAUACACCUGAUCCCCAUUUCUCAAUUCUUGGCCUACACUGGUCUCCAGACUCGGACAAUUUUUCAUUUCAUCUCAACCUACCGCCAAAAACACUAACUAAACGUCACGUUCUCAGUCUAGUCGCUAAAAUAUACGAUCCUUGUGGAUUUCUUAGCCCAUGUACUAUGACAGCGAAAUGUUUUAUUCAACUUCUCUGGACGACCGGUCUACAAUGGGAUGAACCUCUCACUCCAGAACUUAGUGCAAUUUGGAGUAACUUUAUCUCAGCGAUACCAGCACUUGCAGACAUUCAGAUCCCUAGAGCAUUGAAAAUCUCUCCAAAUUCUAGUGUUGAACUUCACGGCUUCUCAGACGCCUCUGAACGUGGGUUUUCAGCUGUUGUCUAUGUACGAUGUUCCCAACCCAACGGAGAAGUGACUACACGUAUGGUUUUAUCUAAAACUAGAGUCGCCCCUCUCAAGAAGGCUGAGCAAUACGUGGCUAACAGAGUCGCCCAAACACAAGAACUUGUCCCCUAUCACUGUUGGCGUUACAUCCCUAGCAAGGAAAACCCUGCUGAUUGUGCUUCAAGAGGUAUUCUAGCCACUGAGCUUGUGUCUCACCCCCUUUGGUGGUCAGGGCCUUCUUGGCUUUCUCUUCCCCCUUCAAACUGGCCUGAUGUAACUUUUUCACCUACAGAUAUCUCAACAUUAGAUGAAGUAAAACACACUCCUCAAACUGUACUUGUGUCAACUACCACUGAAUCUACGCUGACCAAUCUUCUCAUUAAAUAUUCUUCAUGGGAACGACUUCUUAGGAUUUUUGCUUACGUCCUUCGUUUCAUACACAACUGUAAAGGUUCUGAAAAACGCCAAGGUUUCAUCUCAACACAGGAACUGAAAGACACAAAAUAUCACAUUUUUAAACUUGUACAAAAAGAAGUAUUCACAGAAGAAAUCAACUGCCUCAAACGGAAAUCAUUUUGCUCCACUCGUUUACAACGUCUUUCACCUUUCAUUGACUCAUUUGGAUUAUUGCGUGUUGGAGGACGUCUUUCUCAGACAUCACUUCCUGAAGAUGCUCGACAUCCCAUUAUUCUGCCAAAAAAGCAUCAUGUGGUAAAUGAGGAUGACCACUACCAUAUCUACAAUCUUCAUUCAGGCCCUCAGCUUACUCAAGCAUUACUUUACAAACAUGUUUGGAUACUGUCUGCCCGUUGUGCCAUACGCUCUCGUAUCCAUAAAUGUGUCAGAUGUUUCAAAGUCAAACCUAGAAAUGUGUGUCCUCUCAUGGCUGAUCUCCCUCAGUCUCGUGUAACUCCUGCUCGACCUUUCCUCCACACCGGCAUAGAUUAUGCAGGGCCUUUUACUGUUAAAAUCUUCAACCUCAAGGCAGUGAGACACAUAAAGUCAUACUUUUGUACUUUCAUCUGCCUCGUCACGAAAGCUGUACAUUUGGAAGUAGUAACAGACCUAACGACUGAAUCUUUCAUUGCUGCAAUGACUCGAUUUGUAUCUCGCAGAGGACAUUCUUCCGACAUUUACUCGGAUUGUGGGUCCAACUUCAUUGGUGCUGACUCUACCCUACGCAAGAUUGUUGAAAAAUCUCUUUAUUGUCAAGACUCCAAACGGAAGAUUCAACGAUUCUCUUCACUUAAAGGCAUCAAUUUUCAUUUUAAUCCACCAGCCGCUCCGCAUCAAGGAGGAUUGUGGGAAUCGUCUGUAAAGAAUGUGAAACAUCAUCUCCGUCGAGUAAUGGGAAACUCAGUCUUAACACUCAUUGAAUUCAUCACAUUGUUGACCCCAGCGAACACAUAA